AUGAAUAGAGCAAACUUGUUCAAAUAUGAAACAGAAAAAGCCAUUGUUCACUUUAUUGUGUACCUUAUAGGAAUACUAUUGAUUCUCUGUGUGUAUUACAACUACAUAAUUUUAAAGUACUACUUUUACUCGCUAUUUUGGGCUUUUAUUGUUUCCAUUCCGUUACACCAUGUUAAGGUAAAAAUUUCCGAGUUUUUAAAAAAAAAAUUUAUUAAAAAAAGAAAAAACAUAAAAACGGUAAUCUCACGGAGCAAACCAGGUGAAGUACCGAGUAAAUAUUCCAACUCGAAAAAUAUAAGAGUGGACAGAGUACACAGGCAUGAGAUUGCCAGUAUUGAGGAUAUACAGACUGUAGGAACAACAUCCAAAGAAGACAAAGAGUACAAAGAAUGCGAAGAAUACAAAGAAUGCGAAGAAUACAAAGAAUACAAAGAAUGCGAAGAAUACAAAGAAUACAAAGAAUACAAAGAGUUGGAGGAGAUAAAUUAUGUACCAAGUGAUAAUAGCGAAAAUGUCUAUCAAACUAAUAUGAACAAUAAAGUGAAGACAUAUGCUAAUAUUCAAAUGUGGAGGAAAGGAAAAGGAGAUGGAGAUAAAGAUGCAAAAACGGAGGGAUAUGUGGACAGAAAAAUAGAUCGAAAAUCAGGCGGAAAAAUAGUUGACUGUGGAGAGAGGGAAGCAUAUCCAUUGCAAAGGAGUAGAAAACCGAGUGUGACAAGCAAAACAUGCAACAUAUACAAAAGAAGAUUUUACAAACUCAUGAUAAAUGUGAAGAAGGAAUUAUAUAUAUACCUUUAUGUAUUUUUUUUAAUAAUAAAACCUAUAUACAAAGAAGAAAAGAAGGAGAGUAUAAAUAAUAGCUUUGAAGAUUAUGAAAAUAGGAAUGCAAGCGAAAUUUAUUUUUUAAUAUUACAUAGGCUUAUAUUUUUUUAUAUACUUAAAGGCAUUUUUCAUAAAUAUAAAGAUUUUCUCUUAUCAGUUACUAUAUGUGUUUUGUUUUUUUUUAUCUUUUAUAAAAUUAUAAAAAUAAUAUGGUUAAAGUAUUUUUAUAAUAUAUUUAAAAAAUAUUAUAAUAAAUAUACUCGCAAUCUUUCCGUUGAUUAUGCUUACAUAUACAAGCAUUACAUGAAUGACAUCUUAACUAUACUUAUAAUCAUCUUUUCAAUUAUUAUCAUUUCGUCUAUCUCUGUCUUCUUCGUAUUCAAUAUUUAUGGUGAGUCAGUCUUUAUCAUCAACUCGCUCAACAGCUAUCUAUCUUCCAAUUUUAGAAACGCUUCCAUCAUUCAAAAUUUCAAAAAUUUUUACCGGAAGAGAGGCAAGGAUGAUAUAGAGCACUUGUACGAGUUAAUGAACUUAACCAAGAUACCCUUCCUUAGCAACAAUACAAUUUCGUCUAUAUCUAGACAUUUAAAAAGAGCGAUCGAUAUAUAUGAAAAUAUUUAUUCAUAUAAUUUUAGGAAUAAUAGUAAUAUCCCUUUAAAUAGUUGUUGUCUUCCUAUACUUGUUAAACGGUUUGCGCUUAUUAGGGAAAAUAAUUUAUGUAAUAUUAAAAGACAAGUAUUCUUUUUAAGGGAAGAAUGGAAAGAUAAGAAAAAAAAAAAAAAAAAUUUUAUACAAAAGGGAAAAGAAUGUGGUGUGCAUGUAUGUUUAAAUAAGGAAGGGAGUGAAGAAAAUAAUAGCUUCUUUUGUAGUCUAAAAAAAUUGCUUUAUUACAUUUCUAAAAAUAUUUUUUUUUCAAACAAUAAAUCUGAUGAGAAAGCAAGGAGGAACUCUGAAAAGAGGAGUAGUCGUCAAACUGGAGUCGUUGGAAAAAAUUUAGUAAACAUCUUUUUGGAUGAAAUGGAAGGGGGAAGUAAUAUCGACAGGUCUAGCAGCACCACAUCUAUCAGUAAUACACAUAUGUUCGGCAGUACCAGUUCUGUCAGUACUUUGCAGGGGAAAAAGGAAAGUAAAUUGCAUAGAAAGCAGCCGUAUGGUGGGAGCGAAUCAAAAAGUAAGGAUGGCAUCAAGGAGGGGGGAAAAGAGAAGUACAGAAACGAUAAUAAUGGAAGUAAUGUUAACAAUGGAAGUAAUGUUAACAAUGGAAGUAAUGUUAACAAUGGAAGUAAUGUUAACAAUGGAAGUAAUGUUAACAAUGGAAGUAAUGUUAACAAUGGCAGUAAUGGUAAUAAUGGAAGUAAUGUUAACAAUGGCAGUAAUGGUAACAAUGGAAGUAAUGUUAACAAUGGCAGUAAUGGUAAUAAUGGAAGUAAUGUUAACAAUGGCAGUAAUGGUAACAAUGGAAGUAAUGUUAACAAUGGCAGUAGUAAUAACUACAGUAGUGAUAUUCUCAUUUGCAACAACAGCAGCAGUGAUAAUGAGAAUAAACGGUGUUGUGGUAAAGCCACUGUAGAUGGGGAUGAUGGCAAAAGCAAAUGGUCGAAGAGCCUAACGGUUAACGUAUAUGACCCAUCGAAAGAACCUAAUUAUAAAUUUAAAGAGUUCAUAAAUUACAUGAACAGCAUAUUUUUAUCUUUGAAAAAAAUAGAAGACAUUGGGAAAUUAACAAAAUAUAUUAUAUUUAACAAUAGUUAUGGGUUACUAAAAAUAUUGAUAUUUUUUAUAUUAAUCUUUUUUAAUUUUUUUAUGUUUACAUUUGAUGCAAUAGUACAAGCAAUGAUUUUCUUCACAGCAUUAUAUUAUUUAAUAUCAUCAAAAAAAUCUGUUUUAAAUUAUUUAAAAGAUGUUUUAUUAGUAGUUGAUCCAUCAAGUAUAUUCUUUUAUAAUAUUACGAAAAAUUUAAAAGCAAUAAUUAUAUGUACAUUAAAAAGAAUAUAUUUUUAUACUUUAUAUAUAUGGUUAAUAUUUUCAUAUUUCCAAUUCCCUAUCAUUUAUGUACCUACAUUGACAUGUAUUAUUCUGUCACUAAUACCUAUUAUAUCUCCAGAAAUACUUAUUCUUAUUAUUAUUUUACACCUAUGGAUAAUACAAAAACAAAAAUUUAUUUCUGUACUGUUAUUUAUAAUAAAUUUUUUUAUUUAUAUAUAUUUUACAACAACAAUUUAUAGAGAAAUUCCACACACACAUGCGUGGUUAGUCUCUCUCUCCUUGUUCUUAUCUAUCACUACUUUUGGAUCGAAGGGGCUAAUUUUAGGCCCCCUCAUAGGGUCUCUACCACUCAUUUUACAUCAAUUAAUAAUUAAUAAAAACAGAGCAACGCAAAUGAAACAGAAAAGACGAGAAAAAAGGAAAAACAGUCGAAGAAGCUGCUGCGAAAAAACAAAGAAAGUCGCGCAUUCAUCCGAAAAUAAUCAAACAAUGGAAAAAAAAAAAUGCCUUAUUCAUAAGCAAAUGAAAAAAAAAUGUAACCUCUUUCGAAAUACGGUAAAAUAUUCUGAACAAGACAGGAAAAAAAUUCAAAAAAAAAAAAAAAAGUCAGAAAAAGAGGUAGGAAGAAAAGGAGAUAAAAAAUUAGGAAGAAAAACAGCGAAAAUUUCGGAAAGCUACACUACAAAAAAACUUUUACGGAAAAACAAGUUGGGUAACUUGUACAAACUAAUUGAAUUAAAUAAAAAUCAUGUUAAUAUGUGUCAAAGGGUCAACGACAGGAGAAGUACUUGUAAUUAUUGUACUAACGACGAGCUUAAAAAAAGUACGUCAACCAUUACGCAGAAUCUGAACGAUGAUAUAAUUCACCGCGAGGAAAAUAAGCUAGCUGUUUACCAUUACAGAAGAAAUAAUAGUAAAAAUAAGGAAAUGAAAACAAACCAUACAAUAAUAUAUAAAAAAAUUAAUAAAAAUAAAACUAAAAAAAAAAAAUUGCCACAUUAUAAAAAAUCGCAAAAUUUUGAAAAUCUUUACGAUAAAUUUCAAACGAACCUGAAGCACUUCUUUUCUUACAUAACGAGCAGUUCUUGA